AUGUCGCUGUUCACAGCACUCAACUUCACACCUGACGAUGCCUUACAAGAAGCAGAGCAACACUCCCGGGAACUCCAAGUGGAGGAGAGUUCCAAAAUUUACCAAAGCGCCCUUCUUCAUCUAAAAGCUAAGAGGUUCGAGCAAGCAGAAGAGAAGUUCAAAGAGCUAUUCAAUAUAGAUGUAAUAAAGCCUGACAAAUGGGGACUUUACAAAUACUCAAGCCCUACACUGAAUUCUCUACGCUAUCUGGCCUACCGAAAUCGAGGGGUUUUCUAUUAUCAGUUUUUACAGGAAAAGCACGAAAACAUGUCAUCUCAAGACAUAGUUGAGUAUACCUUGAAAGUUGCAGAAAACCUUCUGGAUGCAAUUCAACACAGUAAUUGCGACGCGGCUGUGGCCAAGCUCUUAAUUUCCAUAUUCAAGAGCUUCAGGAGCGUAAAGUUACAACGCUACACGCUAGAAUACGAACUCUUAAAAGAGUGUGGCUCAACAACUGCUCUCAAAAGGAAGAAAACAGUUUUACCCGAGGUUCGAGAUUUCAUUCACCGGUAUGUGGAGCUUUUGAGGAGUUCAGAGGACACAGGGUCCCUUGAAUCUGACUUUAUAGUUCACCUAAAGUGCUUAUUAAAAAGCAGUAGCCCGCUGUCGUUAGAGCUACCGCCUUUUUUGUCUCGCAUACAGACCAUGAAACUGGAAGACGACUUGGCUUUGAGAGAAGAAAACGAAGUGAGCGUAGUAGUGAAUGAACUCAGCUGGGAAGCGGUUGCUGAGGCUGUUGUUUCCACACUCCCCAAAUAUAAGUUCUCCAACUUUUUUAGUAAAAUAUCGGACCCCUACAACGAAGCUGAAGAACCUAUUGAGAAGUUUAAAUUUGUUUUGAACGACCUGCAUAAUGAAGUGGAAGUUGACGUAGAAGAAGAACACUCGGAACACGGAGAACAAGCUAAUCUAAUUACAGAAGAUGACACAAAAAAUGUUACUGCUCCAGAAGACACCCCCGGACAAGAGGGGAUUAAUCAGAAACGGCCUCUAGACGCGGCUGAGGUUAAUAAGCCACUACAGAGGAUGAGCAAGCGUUUCAAGGAGAAGCCACAGGUUGCCAGCGACGCAAGGAUCAUGGACAAUCACGAAAAAUUUCUUCAAGUGAUAAAUGAUGUUGCACUGAGUACAGGCUAUGACCUGAUACUAACCACUGAUAAACUAGCUCCUCAGGAUGUUCCGAAAGAGGCACCAUAUUUCAAUGCAAUAUCCGAUCUAUAUGACUGCAUAAGCUCCUGGACAAAUAAGCACAGCGAGUUCCUAAACCAAACAGAUACAAAAAACUCCAAAAGUUCAAGCACCGAUGUUGAAAGCACAUUACAGCUGAAUGCUCUUAUCAGGACAAGUGUUCUAGCGGGCGAUAACGCUCCUAUUGAGUCUUUAACCGACUUGCCUGCCGACGAUAUUCAAAGUUUUAUUAAUCGCAUUAACAAAGACAGUUAUCACUUUCAAGAGGUCAGAUUGAUGCUUCUCGACUCACUCUUGUCGACUGAUACGGACGGCCGGUGUCUUAUUAUAGACACUUUCUGGAGCCCUGUCCUUUUCAAAACUGUGGAAUUUCUAGUAAUGAGUGUUGAAACAAACUUGUUCAACAUGAUCGGCAACGCGAAGUCAGGACUAGGCAGCUUGGGGCUCUCGGCAUAUGAAAUUCUCAUUAAUAUGCUGGGAAACAUCUACAGCAACAUAAGCACGAAGAAGCUGCAAGGCCAAAAAGUCAACGAAUUGGAAACGCAAAAGAACAAACUCGAAAGAAAAAUAAGCCGAUGGACGCUUCUUCUGGAAGAAUUGAAUUUUGAUGAUGAACGAUCGUUUUAUCGUUUUCUUUGGGCCAAGUUUUGCUCACUUCAAUAUUCUACUGACAUCACUGAUGGUAAGUUGGUCCUCAACCUUCAGGAAAUUGAAUCUAAAAUAGGGAAAAACGGGUCACGAAUCAACGUUCCGUACUCUAACUACUCCACAAUUCCUCAUCUCAAUCUUAAAGCGGUACAAAGUCAGCUAUCUAGGUUGAAAAUUAUCCAAAAACUCACAUCUAUUGACGUGGAUGUUCCCCAAGAAGACAACGAUGUAGCCACAAAACAGCAAAUGGAACUGAUUAGAAAGGCCUUGGUUUCAGACGAAUACAUGAAUCCUGAAACGUCCUCGGAAGAAGAACUUUCGAUGGAAAGCUUUUUGCGGAAUUCACCCUUCUUGCUCAAAGUUAAGCUUUGGCGGCUACUGGUAUCGUUCUACUCGCAGAGAGACAAGGCAAUUGCGCAAGCAGUUUACUUCAAAAUUCUUCGCAUACUUUAUGAAAGGCUUUGCUCGGAUGAAUAUGGGGCACAAUCACAAUUGCAGAGACAACAAACGCUUUUACUUACUAUAAGCUGUAUCGGAAGCUUUACCAGGGGAUUUGUGGAAAUGGUUCAAGGCAUCCACAGCAAUAGUUCUAAAGACAACAAUGCCACAAAAACCAACCUUCAUACUUUGUUCAAGAUUCUGAGGAUUCUUUAUCCCAUUGUCUUUUUUGAGAGUCUCUGUCAGAAAGACUCAAACCUCAAGUCUUUCUUUCGUAAAGCUGUGAAGUCGUCUACAAAACUGAAGAGUGUUUUUACUGACACAAUCACUUCCAUAAUAUACAUGUGCAGCUUACUGGAGCGGGAACAAACAAAAAUUUCAAGCUUGGUAGAAGUUGCACAUGAAAUACUGGGAAGCUUCGACUUUUGUGACGCAUCGGAGGGCUCCUUUCUUCACUUUGCAGAACAACUCUUGUGCAAACAAAAUAACGAAGGCAGCUUCAAUCAAAUAAAACAGCUACUAUGGUGCCAGUACCAUUUGUUAAUUGGGGGCGACAGCUCCGCCAUUGAACAGCAUAAUACGAAAGGACAAGUAAUGACACAAGAUAGUGCUGUUGCCCUCGGAAAAUUCCUGAUCAAUUCGCACUACGGAGAUAGGAAUCCUCUCAGUGUUUCUGGGAAUAAGACCAAUCUGAAGCAAACUCUUGAUAGCAUUAUUCAGGUUGUUGGAGAUGUGGAUAUUUCCGCUAACUAUAUCUUAAGUCGAAACGAGUUUUUUCUUGAGCAGUACUUGAAAUCGGUGAUAACAGCAAACACUUUCCGCAAAGCAUAUGCUGGAAAAUUGUCCCUUCAGCUCGUGAAGCCAAAUGAUAAGUUACAGGGCGUCGCUGACUUGGGUCUCUUUUUCGUAGCAAGCAUUCAGGCCUUAAACCUUUAUAAAGCGCGAAAAAAAGCAACACAAGCGCGACCAUCUGAACUUGAUUCGGUGAUUUCCACACUUAAAACUGAUAUACUAUACAACACCGAACGAUUUGAGAGCUGGAUGCUGUUAGGAAAAUGCUACUCCUAUAUUGUGGAAGAUGACCUUAUCUGGACGUCAGACAAGCUGGCUACGAGCGAGAAAAGAAAAGGGACGACUUCUAUUCAAAGGAAAGCUAUUUUGUGUUAUCUUAUGGCACUUGGGCUUGCAAUGCGCUCUAAAGGCAAAUUUCCCACAAGCUCUCAAGUUUCGGACUAUCAAGAUAUCUUGAAAGAACUGUUCGAGACGCUUUCUGAGGAAAUCUUGAAUGGCUAUUUGAAACCAAUGGAAGCGUCUUGUUUUCAAUGGGAACCCCCCACUUCAGUCAAACUCACAGUUGAAGGGGAGUUGGCUGCUGCUCAGUUUUAUGCUACACAAACUGUAAGCGAUUUUAAUAUUCAGCAGGCGAUUCUCACUGGGUUCUCAAAAGCUAUUAAAAUUGAAGCCAGCCACUUAGCUUCGAAAAACAGACCAAAAAACUGGAAAAACCUUUACUAUACUGCCAAAAUAAUAUUCAAAAGGUGUGCAGAAGAGUACAAAACUGAUGGGCUGAAUAUUCUUUUACAAGCAUGCUCAGUAUGUGACGACGCCACAAGCAGCAAGGAACUGAUAUUGGAGCCGCAUUACUUUCUUACAGUUUCAUGCUUCAAGUUGGUCAAGGGUGGAUUUAUGACUCCGCAGCAAGCUCUGCUUUCACUACAAAAGAACAACUCGAUUUUUCAGAAAGACGAUGAUUUCUGGUUAUUAACCUCCGCUGAAGCUUCCGAGGAAGCAAGGCAUAAUUUUUGUUGUAAAAUCGUUGCAUUACUGAGGGCUUUGAUUGCAAUGGACAAAAUGAAGUGGCACCACAGACCACGUUACCGUAUCGCACGUAUUUUAUAUGAAGAGAUGCACGACUUAGAUGGUGCUAUUUCAGAGAUGGAUGAAUUAAUGUUUUUGAAAAGCUCCAACAAAAGCUUAGUCAACAUCUGGAAACCAAAGUAUGAACGCCCUGGAAAACACUUCAUUUACACCUUCCAGUAUGUUAUCUUCUACCUAGAUUUGUUAUUCUGCCGCAACGAUUACUCAAGCAUUGCACUCGUCGCGAAGAAGCUUAAGAGGUUUGGGCCGGGGAUGGUGAAUGUAGCUACCGCUGCUGACAGGGCUAUGCGAUUGUUCUGUCAAUCAGUGCAAGACACCUUUGGUGUCAAUGAGAAGCUUGCUUUGGACAAGACGCUACCCUCUCUUAACUACCAGCAGUUUCUCAGAUAUAGUGAUCUGCUCUUUCAAUCCUUUGACAAAACCAAGUACGAUUCAAAAGUGCUGGACACUUUAGUGCAUGCAUUGCAGCUUAAGAAAGGAAACAAUGGCUAUGAUGGCAUAUGUUUGGCGUUGUAUUUCACAUUCAUAUAUCUGCCUUGGGCAUCGCAGAAGGAAGUGCAGGAUAAAUCACAGACUUCAGACCCAAACAUGAAUAACAAAGCCAUCGAACCAACUCAGGAGCCCCCCAAUGGACUUGUUAAGGGAAAAGCCAGUACGAAUCGCAAGAGAGUGAGUAAGAAAGAUGCAUUCGAUAAGAUUAGUGCCUUGGUAGAGAAGAGAAUCACGUGA